AUGGCGGGAGUUCUCACAGAAAACUUGGUGCUACAGAAGACCAAGGUAGACAGUAUACAACGCGUUCGUAAGCUGAACGUUUGUGCAGCACAACUCACCGAUAUUGGCGUUCUGAGACGCGCGUGCAACCUUGAGGUGCUCUCCCUUAGUCUCAAUGAGCUCGGCGAGCUUGGGGUGCUGGAGAACUGCCGUCGACUCUGUGAGUUGUACCUCCGCAAGAAUCGCGUGGAGGACCUGAAUCAAGUGCUGCACCUCAGCGACAGCCCUCAGCUGGCGGUGCUAAACCUCGCGGAGAACCCUAUAUGUCAGGACCCUAACUACAGACGCUUCGUCAUCGCCGCCGUCGGAAGUUUGAAGCGUCUCGAUGACAUUGAUAUUCUGCCGCAGGAGCGUGAAGAGGCCUACAGGGUGUUCCCAAACCUGCACGCGAUCGCCCCACCGCCAUCGAUGUACUGUGACGCUGUGAAGGGGAAACUACGUCCGGGAUCGACAAACACACACGGUACCUCAUAUCAGGCGAAGAAUGGGCAAAUUCAUCAGACAAUAAGGACGCGACACGAUAGCGGCGGUGAACAGACAUAUGACCGCUCGAUGCGCGGCAACGGCAGUGUGCGCAGUCCGCGUCGAAGCCCCCCCGCAAACCACAUGGUGAAGCGGAAGCACACACACCUAGAGUCACCACGCAGCAUGUACGUGGAGUCGCCGCAGUACAAUCAGUCUCAUAAACGUAUAUACCCAGGGAACUCUGUGAUGGCCACACCAAAGAUCUCGGCGAUUCAGAUCGGCCCAACGGAAACAGGUGUUGUACAAGCAGUGAAAGUACUACUCUCGGAAUUGAGUACCGAGUCACUUGAAGAAGUGCGCCGCUUCCUUGAUGCUUUACAGUGA